AUGAAGUGGGGAUUCGUUGCCCUCGUCGUCCUCGGACUCGUCUGCCUCGCCAUGGCCGAGAGCAACAACAACCAGGAGACCGAGACUGGCCUCGCCCUUGAGGCCGACUCCGACCUGGAGAUGAUCCGUGAGAAGCGUGCCGUCCACCACCGUCGCCGCCACCACAAGAGGGGACGCAAGAACCGUCGUGCUCUUCAACGUGCCCAGCGUCGUCUCCGCAACCGUCGCGUCAUCAACCGCAUCCACCACCGCCGUCGCGUCAACGCCCGCCGUGCCGCCAACCGCAUCGCCCGCCGCCAGCGCCGCAACCACCAGCGCAACCUGCGCAAGGUGUUCCGCAAGCUCGCCAACGAGCGUCGCGCCCACCGCGCCCAGAUCAAGGCUCUCCAGAGGAAGGCUCCCGCCGCCACUGAGGCUCAC